CGUUGGGUUAGGUUCUAUUUUCUCAUGUAGUGAAGGGCGCUUCAAGGACAGUCGUGUCUAGUUUAUCGCAAGGGGCGAGUAAUAAAUAUCUCUCAAAGACUUGGAUCUGGAUCUAAUUUAAAAGCGCAGGUAACAACAUCUGAUCUGAUACGCCAUUGAGCCCAACACGUUGUUUGAUUGUAGACAUCAUCUGGAUCAAGAAAUCGUGUUUGUGGAUAUCACCCUUGGAUGUCUGGAUAAUCUCCGAAUCAAAACUACGGAAUAUUAAUUACGGAUAUUGGUAAUGUUGGUUUCAACACCAGGAAUUAUGUUAAUGGGAUACUAGAUCUAGGAUUUGUGGAUAUUAGUACAUUUGAAGAGUGUAAUAGUUAUAUGUAUAUGAUAUUGUAUUCAUACUUUAAUCAAUGAAUUCGGCUUUCAAAAUGCGGACGGGUCGGCGUAAAUCCUACGCGGCCCCAGGGGCACUAUACAAUAUCCCUGAUAAUGAUACCCCUGUGGAUUUUAAACAAGAACAAAAGUUAAUGAAAAGUAUGAAGUCCAGAAGAACGUCAGUUCCGGUCACUAGUCUGGACUUAAGUGCCUUUGCAAUGCCACUACUGGAGUCGGAUGUAGCUGAUGGAACUGGUGGAAUGGAACUUCCAGAAGAUUUUCGUCAAAGGUCAGGGUCAGGUGGUAUCAAAUCUCUUUUUGCUGGUAAACGUCAGCGCAAUAAAUCUGGAGAUGAACUUGGUAAUAAGGAUAAGGGCAAUUCUCCAACGUCAGGAAGUAAAGUGAAAAAUUUCUUUGAGAGUAUUCGCCCCCGGUCGAAAUCGGAUGUGUCAGGCAUGAAAAAACCUGGUAAAAAACAUGCAAAUUCUCAAGUGAUGCAACACUCUAUGGACGAAGAUUCGUUGAGCUCUGGAGGAACCCGACCUGCUGACUCUCCGAGUCCAGGUGGAAGGGGACCUAUGGAUACACUCACUCCAAUGGGACAGAUUCUAGAGGAUCAAAUGUUGGAUAAGGGUGACGGAAAUCACCUAAGUGUUACUAAUACUAGUGUUAAUGAUCGUUUGCGACAUAAAUCAGGUCCUGUAACUCCUGUUGAACAGUUUAUGAGCAGAUUCCGGGGACGUUCUAAUUCAGAUUCUCAGCCAAAGAAAAAACCCAACUUACCAGAGAAAACUUUAAGUCCACCAAGCAGUCCUUCAACUCCAAUGAAAUUAACAGUCUCACCACGGCCGCAUCCAUCAAGUGAACCAAAGUCGGCACCACCAACCAUGGCACAGUCAUUAGGUAAUGAGCAUACACAUGCCAUGAUAUACAAGUCAAAUCUAAUGAAGACUUUAGUUUGUAAAAGAAUUUUACCGUUUCUGAGUCAGGAUUCAGACAGUGAUAAGAUGGAAAUAGAAGAUUUAGAAGACAAUAUAGACCAAGCUUUUGGUAAAUUUAUGCGAGCCCAUAAAUGUUAUGAUUUAAUACCUACCAGUGCCAAAUUGGUUAUUUUUGACACCCAAUUAAAUGUAAAGAAAGCGUUUUUUGCGUUGGUAUAUAAUGGUGUUCGAGCAGCACCACUAUGGGAUUCUAAACAACAAGAUUAUGUAGGAAUGUUAACUAUAACAGAUUUCAUCAAUAUACUUAAAAUGUAUUAUAAAUCUCCACUGGUAAAAAUAGAUGAAUUAGAAGAUCAUAAAAUAGAUACUUGGCGAGAUUUAUUUAAAACACAACAGAAGAAAUUUGUUUGUAUUGAUCCGGAUGAGAGUUUAUUUGAUGCUGUUAAAAGAUUAUUAGAAUCACAUGUACAUAGAUUACCUGUUAUAGAGAAAGCUACUGGUAACGCUAUCUAUAUUCUAACACACAAACGAAUAUUGAGAUAUCUCUACCUCUAUAUGAAGGAUUUACCAUCACCAGGAUUUAUGAGUCAGACAUUAGAAGAAUUAAAUAUAGGAACACUUAAAAAUGUUAUCACUGCUACAAAAGAAACACCUCUUAUUAAAGCCCUAAAUUUAUUUGUACAACAUCGUAUAUCUGCUCUACCCGUGACUGAUAACCAGGGAAAGAUAGUUGAUAUAUAUGCUAAAUUUGAUGUCAUUAAUUUAGCAGCAGAGAAAACAUAUAAUAAUUUAGAUAUUACAAUAGAACAAGCACUAUUACAUAGAGAUCAGCAAGGAGUUGAGAGUGUAGCCAGAUGUAGAGCAACAGAAACAUUAAAAUCUGUUAUAGAAAGAAUUGUAAAGGCUGAGGUGCAUCGUUUAGUUAUUGUGAAUGAUAAAGAUAUAGUAACAGGAGUUAUCUCACUAUCAGAUAUCCUAAAAUAUAUAGUUCUUAGACCCAUGGAAACUCACUGAACAAUACAACAAUCAUAUGGUUGAUGAUCAUCCUGAAAUAUUAAAUUGACUGAUCACCAGUGUAACAAGAAGAGUGUUUAAAACAGCUAAUUUAUUUUAACAUCUAAAACAUUCAUUUACAACUGUAUCAGGUUAUGUAUUGUUAAUAUAUAAUCUUCGUUUCUCGUUUCUACUCAUAUACAGUUUUGUCAGAUAUAGAAAUCAGAGAACAAUUACGAUCAUUAAUUUCAAGAUAGGAAAAAUUCUACCUUGUGGUUUGAAAUAAUGAGACCUAUUUCAUAAAAAAACAUUUUGUACAUAUGGUGUACAUAAUCUUACUUAGGAUAAUUAGACAAUUAGUCUGUGUUGUCGAGGUGAUCCAUCACAGCAAACAUUUAAUAAAAAAAAAAUCUAUUUUUGUAAGUAGUUUUAAAAAUCAAUUUAUGAUAAUGCAUAAAUAGUGCUACUAGUGGUUUACAUAAUAUUAUUGUUUUAAUUACUUAUUUCAUGGUUACUGAAGUUUUUUAUGGGAGGUAACUCCCAUGAUGCAUUUACUUGUCACAUGACCGCUUGGCAGUACAAGACAUUGUAAUUAAUUAGCGUUGAGCCAAAUGUUAGCAUUUUAGCAGAUUAAGGUCAAUUAUUCAAGAAUACAUAGAACUGUAUGUCUAUAAUAAAUGAAGAUACUAAGACAGUUUUCAUAAACUAUUGAUCUUGGCCGUUAAAAUACUCUGUUUACUGUUACAAUACAUUGAAAUGACAUUGACGUCGUCGUGUGACAAGAUGACAUGACUGAGAAAUAGUCAACCAUCGUGACUAAACAAUUAAUAAGCGUUUGCAAAGCAGACUUUACAUGGUUAUGUGUAAUAUUGUUCCACCCUUUUAUCCACUUGAAUUGCUUUGAGUUAAAAGCAGGGCAUGGUGCCGAGUGAAGGACUCAUAGAUUUAAUAAUGAACUUUAUUGUUACUAUUUGAUAAUAAAAAAAAAAAUGUCCAUACAUCUUCAAUUGAAUUAACUACAUGUAUAUGAAUAUGCUAAAACAUUGAGAUAUUUGACAAGUUAGAUUUAUCUACUAUUGAACUCCUAAACUUAAGGUGAAAAUCAUAUAUCAGUGUAUCAAGAAAUGCUGUUAGCAUCUACCAUUGUCUGUAGAUGUAAAUUACAAUGAUACAUGACUUGGGAGAAUGAUAUAUGCAAGCCUGAGUACUACUGUUAGAUUAAUAUCUAUUAGAUCAUACCUUAUUUACCAACAUGCUACAUUUAAAAAUAAAUUGUUUAUUUGAUCAUACUAAUGUUAAAGGAGCCUUCCCAGUGAAUCAAACAGGUUAAUUGUGUGAGAAAGGCUCUGUGUUACCUAUUGGCAGAAAUACAAACUUUCCACAUGUGGUUUGGGAAAAGGUCCCUGAAUUCCACAAUGUCCACUGUCUCCAAGUGCCUGGAUAAUUAUUUCUACAUACUGGUACUUGGCUAUGGUAGUAUCAAUUCACUCAUAGAGUUUGAUAAUGAAACUCCUUAAAUAAGUGAUGUAAUCAUGAUUAGCCCCAUACUGCUCCAUAUUUUGAGUUGAAAUUUUUAGACAAAGGUGUUUGGUUGAAUUGUUUACCUACAACCACUUUUAUCAUCAACAUCUAUGUGUAAAAUCUGGGACUGCCCCUUUAAAACAAAUGUGAUUAAUAUGAAAAGAAAUGGUGUGAUAUAUUCAAUGUUAAACAGUGCUAUUAAAUUAUAAUGAUGUGAUAGUUAGAUUUAUUUACAGGAACAGGAAGCCAAAUGAAAGAUUUGUUUGAUUAUUAGUAUUUUAAUAUUACUUCAAAAAAACUAGUUAGAUUUAUCAUGUAUGCAUAAUUAUACAGAUCUUUCCUUGGGGAUACAAGAUACUAUUAUUUGUGGAACAGAAUUAGGAUUGUUGACGCUUUAAAACCAAAAUGAACAAGAGUUGUUUCCCUUUAAUACUGUUCUUGUAGGGGUUCUAAUCUAGUCUAGAAGUAUAAAUGUUCAUUGUAUCAUCCUGAAUAUAGUAAUAUGAUUUGGUAUUUAUAGAAAGUAUGUUUGAAUGUGUAUCUACACCUAAAUUCUUGAUAUUCCUAAAGCAAAGUUUACUAACAUAAUUAGCCUUUUGGAUGAAUCGCCAAAUAAUGCUCUUUACCAUUGCUUUGAGAUAUAUGGUAUUCUAAAGUUCCUGUUAAUUAGAAAAAAUACUAUGAGAUAAAUGAUAUUGCACACAAAUUUAAUACUCUCUGUCAUUACAUUAAAUGCAGAAAACAUGUAUUGAUGUAUUCAGAAUUAAAAUUUUAAAAUGAAAUUUAUUUAGGUCUAUGAAAAAAGAAAUAUGCAUAUUUUGUAAAUAAUUUAGAAUUAAGGUGUUUCAUCCAAUAUUUAUUUUGUAUGGGCAUUAUUAUAGAUAAUAUCCACAUUAUUAGAUACAUUUUCAUUGUAAAUAUGUCAUUCAUUAAACUGAUUCGAGGGUGGUAUAUAUAAUUGGGUGAAAUAAGAAAGAUGAAUUUAAAUCGUGAACUUGUCAAAUUUGUAAUAAAACAUGCAUAAAUGUAAAAUUAUUCAUAUCAGAAUUUCUUCUUUUUUCUCUUCAAAAUUGACAAAUUAGAUUAUGUAAUAAAAUGAUUUGGUAAUAAUAUAUCUAAUGAUUUCAAGGAUUAUAUUCAAAAGAAUGUGGUGUAAAUAAAUUUUUCUAAUACA